UGAUUUUGACAUUUGUGUGACAACACGUCGAAAAUGGCUGACUCUGGGCCAAGUAAAAGCGAUAUUGAGUCAAUUUUUCAAAGACUACGAGCUAUUCCAGCAAAUAAAGUAUGUUUCGACUGCAACGCGAAGAACCCUACGUGGUCGUCGGUGACGUACGGGGUGUUCAUCUGUUUGGACUGUUCUGCGGUGCACAGGAGUCUCGGGGUGCAUCUAACGUUUGUGCGCUCAACACAACUUGACACUAACUGGACAUGGAAGCAGCUCAGGAACAUGCAGCUUGGCGGGAAUGUAAAUGCGACUCAGUUCUUCCGGACCCACGGGCUGGCGACGGAGGACGCGCGGCAGAAGUACAGCUCGCGCGUGGCGCAGAUGUACCGCGACAAGCUCAGCGCCCUGUCCGACCACGCCAUGAAGACUUACGGCACUAAGCUUCACCUGGAGCCGGCAGCCCCAGAGCCCAAGGAGAUCAAGGAGGCCGAGGUAGACUGGUUCGCGGAGCACGGUGACGCGCCGCAUGCUAACUCGCACGGGCUUGCCUCGCAGGCGCCGCCCGUGAAAGAGGAGCUGAGCUCAGAGGCGCGGCUGUGGGGCGCGCCCGCCGACAACGCGCGCCCCGCCGCCGCCGCCGCCGCCGCCCGCCGGCCGCAGGGCAAGCGGCAAGGGCUUGGUGUACGGAAAGGCCUCGGCGCGACCAAAGUGGCGGCUAAUUUCGAGGACAUUGAACGCGAGGCCAUCAUGGCUGAAAAACUCAAAAUGGAGGCGAAGGCAGCCGAGAGCACAGCGACGAUCGAGUCGGUGGAGCAGGAGGUGGCGUCGCUGCGGCUGCAGUACCGCGACGACCGCGCGCGCCACUCCGACCGCCUCGGCAUCGCCGCGGCCAGCCGCGCCGCCCGCUCCGGCGUGUCGCACUCGGCGGCGUCAGAUAUGACUACGAUCGAGCAGGAGGGCGCGCCGACACGCACGCACGACGCUGACGACUUCAACUCCGCGUUCACCAUGAUCAGAAACGAGCCAUACAGCAACAACCGCGGCCUAGACUCGCUGCUGGGCGAGGGCCCGCCGCGCGCGCUGUCGUCGUCGUGGGAGAACAUCGAGCCGGAGCCGACGCGCGCGCUGCACACCAUGUUCUCGGCCGAGCCCGCGCCCGCGCCCGCCCCCGCCCCCGCCAAGCCGCAGCGCUCGCGCCGUCCGGAACCCGUCGAGGACGACUCCGCCGUCAAGAAGUUCGGUUCCGCUAAGGCCAUCAGCUCGGCACAGUUCUUCGGAGAGAACGACAACCGCUUCGAGCGCGACGCGAACCUGUCGCGCUUCCAGGGCAGCUCCAGCAUCUCGUCGGCGGAGUACUUCGGGCGCCGCGACGCCGCGCCGCCCGCCGCCAACGCCUUCUCCGUCUCCGCGCCCGACCUCGACGAGGUGCGCGAGUCGGUGCGCGCGGGCGUGACGCGCGUGGCGGGUCGCCUGUCGUCGCUGGCCAACGGCGUGGUGUCGUCCAUCCAGGAGCGCUACGGCUACUGACCGCCGCCGCCCGCGCCGCCGUCGCCGGCCGCCGGGGACAUGUAGAUAACAGACACGCUGCGACUGUCAUCGUUACGUCUCGAUCGAAACAAAAAAUAAACAAACCUAACAUAGCCCGAUUUUUUAAAUGUUCUCGGAAGUUUACAGGUCGAUGUGUGCCCGUUACCUCCGUUUAGUAUAUUUCUUCUCGAAGAAAGUGUAUGUGGAAAUUGCCCAAUUUACAUUAGUGCAAUAAUACGAUUGAUGUUUUUUAGUAUUAAAUACAUUUAUGUCCAUUUAUAAAUAUCACUUGUUAAAUAAUUAUUACAGCAGCUGACUUUGAAGCGAAUGUGUGUAAUGCAAUAUUGUUACUAUUCACUAGAAACGAUAAUUAUCCUAAUACUAUGGCAUAAUUUUACAUUUAGUAUAUUUAUAUGUUAGAUAACUUGCUCACUAAUAACUUGGUAUAAUAUUUCACAUUCGGCUUGUAAUAAAAUUUACUGCAAUGAUAAUAUCCUCCUAACAAAUCGUCAGUAUCACCCGAACAACGAUAAAUAAUAAUUAUCAGCUGACAUAACCAUUAAUCAAUUAAUAAAGUAGGUAUACCACGAAUUUUGUCUAGGGAUUGUGUACUGUAAAUAUUGUAAUAUAAAGAAUUUAUAUCGAUUAGCAGGCUACUGCUCCUGCACUCUCUAUAUGAACAAUUGCAUCAUUUUCCUUAUAGAACAUUUAUAGUGGUUAUUCUUUAUUUGUAUCUGAUACUCUUCGACGGGGAAGGUCGAAACUAUUUAGCAUUCCUUAGGGCGUUUACAAUCGAGGUAGUCUUCGGCGUAUAAUCAAACUUGUUAUAUAGUGAUGACCAGUAUUGCCGCCUGAAAACGCCCUUUGAUUAUACGAUUGGCGAGUUGCGCACAAAUUCCCUUUUCGCUUGUACAUUCGACAUACCUCGCCGCAACGAUCGUCGCGGAGCAUUUAAAUUGAAUAGAUUAUAUUUAUUUUGUGUAUUUGUAUAGCUAAGUUGUGUUAAAACAUUUGUUACAUAAGUUGAUGUUGAUUUAGAGUAUUGUUCUCGAAGUGGGCCGGUAGGCGCAUUCGCGUAUCUAUGCUCGCUGGAAGAAUUUAUUUUUAUUGCUUUAGUUAAGUCUUAGAAGAGUUUACUUUGACGGCUGUGGCUUUGGUGACAGAAUUCUUACAAAGUUCAACGUUCACCUAAAAUUUAACUGUAGC